AUGUACACAUUGUCAUCUCUAUGUGGAGCACUGUGGUACGGAUUGGCAGCCAUCAGAUGGAAGGAUGAACGGGCACCCGCACCCAUAGGCAUUGGGUGUUCCGGUCUCUGCGCGCGCACAUCACCAGAUUGGGAGCCGCCGGUGCCGCUGCUGGGGUUCUCCGUCUGCUCGGGCGCGCGGGUCACGUCGGUCGCCCAGGGAGCUUCACCAGGGCACGGUGUUGCAGGGUCGGACAUCAAUCGCGACGUCCCUAGCUCCCCGCCGGUGUCGGGGAUUGAACAUGUGCCGCUGCGAGCGAAUCAGUUGGCCGCUGUCAGGAAUCUUCAACCGCUUCAACGAUUUGGUGGUGCUCGGUGGUCGGGAAGCUUCUCUGGCUCACCCCUCACAUGUGUGUGGCCUUAUUGGACAAAGAUAGCCUUCCGAGCUCGACCAAUUGCUCAUCGGUGCAAUGGCUCCACCGCGGGCGGGACCACUGCUGCAGACCCAUUUCACUCCCUUGCCAUCACCGGUCAAGAACAGGUACCACAGGAUGAGGCGCAUGGAGGAUGCUGCGAUAUGUUCGUGAGAGGUCUAGGCCGUCGUCUCCCAGUCAACUUUGGGUUGCUGGACCGUUGUCUCCUUAUAAUGUAAUUAUUUAUUUUGUAUAUAACUCCUAUUAUAUAGUAAAGAUGUGACAUUCGAU